AAGUUAUCGUUACUCAUUGUGUAUUUAUUCCUCAUGUUAUUAUUUUUCUCUCUGCAUUGUUGGGAAGGGCUGUAAGUAAGCAUUUCACUGUUUCUCUACACCUGUUGUUUACAAAGCAUGUGACAAAUAAAAUUUGAUUUGAUUUGAAAGGCCUUAAACGUCUUAUCCUGAUAAGACCUUAACCGGGAUAUGAGCCAACUUUGAAUGUGUGUAAGCUGUAACGAACACAAUGAGGGCGUCUGCUAAAAGACUAAACUAUGACGAAUCAGAAGUGAAUGAUUUUUGUUUCCUCAUUUCUUCUCUGUUAAUUCAUGAUUGAACAAUCAAGACAUAUAUAAACCAUAUAAAAGAGCCAUGAUGUCUGAGGUGCUGAGUACAGUGGAACUCUGAUUUCUCACUGCUAAUUUCCUGCAUCAUAUCGGGGUAAGAAAGCUGAAAUCUUAUAUGAGCUAUAUAUUUAUAAAGUUCUUUAUUAUUUGUCAUGUACUAGAUUGAUCCCAUGUUCCUUUCUCAUUUGACUUUGCUGUUGAAUGUUGAAUAUAACAUGCAAUAAGUGUUGACUAAUUUUCAUACUUGUAGUUACUAUUUGUGGCUCUGAGUGUAAUCCAUGUAGCUUCAUUAAUAUAUAUAUUUUUUACUCUAAGGCUGCGUUUAGACAGGCAGCCCAAUUCUGAUAUUUGUAUCACUAAAUGGUCUUUUGCUUAAUCAGAUCAGCUUUUUUGCUUAUAAUUGGUUGAACGAUCAGAAUUUGGCUGCCUGUGUAAAUGCAGCCAAUGACCCUCAAAUUCAAAUCUGGACCUCGAAGCCAGUUCCACUGCUUUUUAUUUUUCAUUGUUCCCCUCUAAUCAGGAACUUAUUUAGAUGUAACAGAAAACCAGUAGCAGUCUGGCCCUUGUAGUGUAGGAUUUGAAUAACCCUGCUGUAAUUGUGGUCCUAGGCAGACGGGUUGCCUUCCACAUUAACAAUGUUCCAGUGCUGUUGUUGUAGAGACGACAGUCUUAUUUACAAAGCAGAGGUGUUCACUGGAGAAAUGCUGUACGCCGGCACAAUGAACAGUAUCUAUAUACAACUCCGUGGCACAAUGGAUUCAAGCCAUCGCAUCUGCCUCCCAAAAAGUAGAUUCAUUGGGGGCCACCCCCGAGGGGCUGUGAUUGAGCUUGAUGUUCCCUGUCCUUCCUCCCUGGGCCAUCUGGAGUUUGUGGUGCUGGAAUCAGAGCCAUACCUCCCAUUCUGCUUCCUCAACAAUGACUGGUUCUGCUCUAAAGUUGUGGUGACCACACCAGAAGGAGACACGGCCAACUUCCCCUGUUACCACUGGAUCUCAGGCCAUGAGCGUCUGGUGUUCAGAGAGGCCACUGGUAAACUGAUAUUCAAUGAGACCUGGCCAGAGGCCAUAGAAGAGAGAAAGAAGGAGCUACAGAGUCGGCGAAAGGUGUACAGUUGGAGUAUAUAUGCCGAGGGUCUACCCGAAAUAAUGAAAGUUGACAGCGCUUCUGAUCUCCCUGCUGAGGUCCGCUUCUCUUUCACCAAGGACUUUGAGUUCAUCUUCACAGCAGUCGAAGCAUUGGUGUCACUAAAACUAGAAACCCAUUCCACCAACAAGAAACAAUGGAAGAGCCUAGAUGAACUCAGUCACGUUUUCAAUGGACACAAGACUGACGUCUAUGAAUAUGUCGAAAAGAACUGGAAGGAGGACACGUUUUUUGGGUACCAGCUUCUGAACGGCCUCAACCCCAUGAUGAUCCAUCGCUGCUCCAAGCUUCCAGAGAACUUCCCCGUCACAGAAGACAUGGUGAAGGCUUCCCUUUUCGGAAAAAACCUUGAAGCAGAAAUUCAGAAAGGCAACAUCUUCCUGGUUGACUACAAGCGUCUACAUGGAGUGACAGCAAACGUGAUCCACGGGAAACAGCACUUCUUGGCUGCCCCACUCUGCUUGCUCUAUGUGACCCCAGAAGAGAAGCUCAUUCCCAUCGCAAUCCAGCUGAAGCAGGAUCCUGGAGAAGACAACCCCAUCUUCCUUCCUACUGACUCUGAGUAUGACUGGCUCCUGGCCAAGAUCUUUGUGAGGAACUCCGACUUCGCCGAACACGAGCUGAACUUUCACCUGCUGAGGACUCACCUGCUGGCUGAGGUAUUUGCCGUGUCGACACUGCGCAACCUACCAAUGGUGCAUCCCAUCUACAAGCUCCUGAUCUCUCACUUCCGCUACACUCUGCAGAUCAACACUCUGGCUAGACAGGCCCUCAUAUCAGAGAAGGGUUUGAUCACAGAGAAUGCCAGUGUAGGAGGUCCAGGGAUGAUGGAGUUCCUGAAGAAAGCGGUGGCCUCAUUGACCUACAGCUCCCUCUGUAUGCCGGAGGACAUCAUUGCACGUGGUCUGGAGUCAAUCCCCAACUUCUUCUACAGGGAAGAUGGACUCAAGCUGUGGGCCAUCGUUCACAGGUUUGUUCAGAAAGUGAUUAGUCACUACUACACCUGUGACUCAGACGUCCAGAAGGACUGUGAACUGCAGAACUGGAUCAAGGAUAUCUUCUUCCAUGGGUUCCUGGCAGAAACCAGCACAGGAAUCCCUCAGUCUUUCAGUUCAGUGACAGAACUGGUCAAGUUUCUCACCAUGGUGAUCUUCACAGUGUCUAUCCAACAUGCUGCAGUCAACAAUGGACAGUUUGAUUUUGGCGGCUGGAUGCCCAACUUCCCCAUCUCCCUGCAACAGCCUCCUCCCACCACUAAGGGGCAGUGUACUGAGAGCACAAUGCUGAAGACCUUCCCUGACAUCAAUACCACCGUCAAUGGCAUGGCAGUUGUGUACCUUCUGAGCAUGCAGUCCACUGACUAUGUUGCUCUUGGAAAUGGCUAUCAGGAUCACUUCAGCGAGAAGACCCCUCUGGAACUGAUUCACGAAACUCGAGAUGUGCUGAAGAAAUUCAACUUUGAAAUCCAAGGCAGGGAUGUCUCUUUGCCCUUGCCAUACACCUACCUGAAUCCCAACAAUGUGGAGAACAGUGUGGCCCUGUAAAAUGAGUCAGUGGUCAUAUUUAUUAGGCACCAAAUGGAAGAAACACACAGAUACAGGGAGAGACUACCUGGACUUGUCCAAUAAGAACCACUUGUUUUCAUUUUCCGUUGAAGCAUGUUUUACAACCUUUUUCUACGGUGUGCCCUAAUAAAUGCAACCUACGUAAUUGACUUUGGUUCAAUUGUUAGAUACAUGUUGCACUUGAACUAGAACUUGAACUGAAACAAAAAUAUUAUAAAUCAUAUUUUACUUAACCCUUCUAUUAUGUUAGAAAAGAGUAUACACGAUUGAUGUUCUGGGCCAAUUUGGUCCAGUAUACAGUAAACAGAAAUUACAGUAAGUACAGUUUCCCUUAUCAAAAUGGCUGAGGAUCUGACUUUUCCCAGACCUUUUCUUAAAAAAAAAUGUAGAUCUCCUUCCCUUCACAUUUCUCACUGUCAAUCAAGAAGGAUAAUUCUUCAAGUUUUACCGGUGAAACAUCCAUGCAGUAUCUGCAUACCAACCAUUUAAUCUCAAUCAGUUUGAUCUUCUUGAGUUAUACAGUGUUUCAAACUAUCCUACAGUGUUGUUUUGAAUGAUGUACAUUGUGUGAAUUGUGGAGCAGAUAGUGUUAAUUGUAGCAUAACCUACCUGUGUAUUUUGCCUAGUGGACCUAUUAAGUUUUGGCCACAUGAGAGAAAAAUGUCUUACAGUAAUGUAAUACUAUGAUAUUAUAGUCGGUUCAUUAUGUGAUCUUGCAGACAUUGAUUCAGCUUUGAUCCAUCUUUAUUAAACAGCACCAUUCGCCAGAGUAGCCUGUUCUCUAAGAGCAGAGCAAGGACUGUGGUAAAGUAGAGAAUUAACACACGCACAGAAUGUGAUGAGCAGAAGCUUCAGGAUCUUUAGUCCGGAGAAUAAAAGUUCAGGGAAAAGUCAGAUCGUCAGCAACUCGGUUUUAUUUAACCUUUACUCCACUUCCAAUAAAUGUUGCUCUGUGCAGGAAGCAGCUUGUUUCUAGGACACACCAUUCAAGAGUUAUAAAGGUCAAAGUGCGGGUCAAAUUUACCCAGAACAUUGUAGAUGUCUCGUUUUUUGUUGUUGUACUGGGUUGUAUUUUUACAAGUUCAUUACUCCUACCUAGACAAGUAGAUGAAGGGUCAAAAAAUAUUUUUGUGAUUUCAAUCAAAAUAUUCAGGCCAGCUUAAGGUUAAACGUUUGAUUUUUGGGGUGGCAGGUAGCCUAGUGGUUAGACAGUUGGGCCAGUAACCAAAAGGUUGCUGGAUUGAAUCCCUGAGCUGACAAGGUAAAAAUAAAAAUGUGUUCUUAACUUACUUACGUAGUUAAAUAAACAUGAAAAAAAUGACUUCUGUAUCAUCAUCACACACUUUGGUCUAGUGUGGCACAAUCAGUAGAGUGAACCUUAAAAUAGCCAUCAACUCCAAUCCCCUAGGGUCAUGGCUAUCCAAUUAGGAUCAGAGACGGAAGUGGGAGCGAGAGACACCACUCGCUGUUUUUUUCUGGAUCAAUGAAAGUCAAUGAACUAUGUAGACCAGACUCAGCUGUUAUUGCAUUGGUGUCCAAAUUAAGUAGACAGGAACUGACAAAAAUAAAUAAAGGAAACGA